AUGCGAUCUAUGGAGCCAACGCGCAGUUUUUCGUUUGAGUGCAACAAUGCACAGAGCAGUUACCCCAGCGAUUCAGGAAGAGUGAAAGCCGCGGAAGUCUUAGAGCCAGAUAGGAAGUUUACGACGCAGCGGAGAUUGGAGCACCAGAGAGGAAGUCCACCCCAUCUUCAACCUCCUGCACCUAGGCGACAUUCACCUCCAAGAACCGUAGCCACGGAGCCUAAGUUAGGUCGCGAGAUGGCUCAGGAAGUUGAGAACUACGCAGCGGAAGUAGCCAAGUUGAGACAAAGCCGGCCAGUGGAGUCGAAAGAGAGAACGCCGGAAGUCAAUGCGAGUACGCAAACAAGCAAGAGGAGGCAGAUGGACGAAGACAGGACGGCAAGGAAGAACGAUGUCAGAGACAAGGAUAGUGCAUUUGGUUUAGUGCGAGUGCAUCAGUCAAAGGAUCCUCCAGCCGAGCGCGGUGACUGGAGGAUUACGGACGGUGUUAUUUAUGAAGUUUUCGAGUACAAAGGCAGUCCCAGACGAGUAGCGCUUCCGUGCGACGGAAUUAGUAAGACGUGGACGGACGACAGCAAAGAACGA